UCUUCAUCUCUUCCCAAUCCCAUUUCUGCGAAUGAGUCGCAGCAAAGCUCAGCGUUUAGUUUUUUAUUUUUGCAUGGACGAAAAUAACCCUCUGGAUUAGGGAUAUUUCAAGGCAUUCCUUGCAUGUAUCUCGGUUAUUUCUUGCUUUCUGGUUUUGCCCCAGCAAAACCCUAAUAUGUUGUCUUGAGGUGAUGCUGAAAGAGAACUUCGUGAGCUGAGCAGCCUGAUAGCAGCAUGCUCUUGGAGCUCACCUUUCUCUAUCCUAUAAAUUGCCACUUUUUACUGAGUUUGACAUCUGUAAACUGAUAAAGACCCUAGUGCUUGAUUGACCUUGUCUGGUGGAGACAAUGAUUUUAACGAAGCAGUAUCGCUGUAUGCACUCAACAAGCUGUACAUGCACGAAAGGGCAUCUAAAUGAGGAUGCGAUCUUUCUAAUUUUUCAGCACCUGAACUGGAAUCCUAAGUUGAUAGCAGCCUUUUCUUGUGCAUGCAAAUGGUUUGAUGAUGUUGCUAAAAGAGUACUCUGGAAGGAGUUUUGCAAAGCUAGAGCUCCGAAGAUGAUGCUUGAUCUGCAAUCUAGUGGGAGUCACAGUGUUGAUGGGAACUGGAGGGCGCUUGGGAAGCUGCUUAUUUACUGUUCUGGAUGUACUAAGGGUGGCUUGUUCAAUAAUAUUCAUAUUCCUGGCCAUUUUGUUUAUAGGACCCGUUUCUCUAGGACUUCAGGGAAAAGCUUUCUUUUGCCGCAAUGCAGAACAGAUGUGCUGUAUGUGUCUGAUCCUUGUGAACAUCUUGACCAAGGGGAAGAGGGAGAUGUGGGAUUUUUCCGUGGAGUUUUCAAGUCAUUUGCAAUGUCAAAGGUUCGGAAGAUGCUGAUCAGCAGGGGGGCCAAGUUUCAUCCAACAGAAGUGUGCCCCUAUUGUAAGGCAAAGCUGUGGAGCAUGCUGCAAGCAAAAAUGGUACCGCAGAGUGCUAGCUGCAGGUUAGGUUCUUACGAAGAUGCAAUCGAGUAUUACGUGUGCCUUAAUGGGCAUGUGCUUGGUAUCUGCACCCUCUUGCCAUUGUCUGAUUCAGAGGCAUCUGAGUUGGAGUGAUACUUUGAACUGAACCCAGGUUUUGGAUCACUGCAAUUAUGGAUUUGUUAUCUGAUGCUGGAUCUUUGUUGUUGUUGCUUAAAGCACCAAAGACUUGUACAAAUGUGCUGCUUCUCAAUCUUUAAGAAGCUAUGCCUAACCAUUUUGUUAUCGUCAUCAUCCUCAAUUCGAAAAAGUUGUACUUUGAACUAUGUACUGUGUAAAUUGUAUUGCCUAAUAUGUGUAUUUGAAUUUGAAUAUCAGACUGGGGUCUGAAAUAAUUUACAAUGACUUAAUUGUUUAUGACAGAUCAGUCUAUUUGCCUA